CUUGAGCGGGUGAUGCCGUCAACAGCGACCAAUCUCGAGCAGUCUGCUUCGUCCGUGCUGCCUCUCGUCGCCGCCCUCUCUGCCGGCGUCGUCUGCCUCGUCGGCCUCGAAGAGAUCAUCCGACUGAGGCGCAAACAUGCCGCCAAUGGUGCGUCAUCCAAGAGUGACAAGGAUGGCAAGGAUGGUGGCCGACGGGAUGCGCGUCACAUCUCGGCGGAGGAGAGGGAGGGCUUGACUGACCCGCCCCGUGUCCAGAUGUCUGUCAUCGAGGGCGUGCAAUGCCUCGGCUCUAAGAAGCUGCCUCACCUGUAAGCAGCGCAUUUAGCUGUAUAACACGCAACCACAGAGAGCACUCACCUCCAUAUGGAGUCAUCUCUCUGUCUGUCUGUCUGCGGAUGGCUGUAGCAUGGAGCAGUGGCGCGACGAGCUCGGCAGCGACUUAUACUACGUGCAGCUGCCGCUCGGCCACCGCGUGUACGUCUGCACAGACAUCUCGAGCUGGGAAACGCUGAUCGGUCCUGAUGGCCUCGAGAAGAGCGACAAGUAUCAUUCGGUUGAUCUGUUUGCGGAGGGGGCCUUGAGGUCGACCGUGAGCAUUGGUGUGCAGCCACACCACGCCCACAAGCGCAUACAUGCGAUGCGCCAGUGACCUCAUCUUUGUCUCCCUGUCCUUCCCUCUGCUGCUGCUGUAGUCACGCGCAAGACGACAGGAGAGAACUGGCACGGCAUUCGGAAAGCCCUCAGUCCUGCAUUCGCGUAAUUGCAAGCGGCCAAACACACAACCGGACGGGCAGAGAGAGCGGUGUCUCUGUUUGGUGUUUCCUUGUCAGGAUGAAAACACUGGUCAGCAAGACGUCGGUAUAUCACUCGGUGAUACGCGGGUUCUGCACGGCACUCGACUCAGGGGCUUGCAUAGUCUGUACAUCUGACGUGUGUGUGCGUGUUUCAUCCUGGCGAAGAAGUCCUUCCAAGUCCA